AUGCGUCCGCUCCCCGGUGAUGACGCCUUUGGUGGGCGUCCUCGGACCUCGACCAUGGCGAGCGGCGACAGCGACACACCCGCCUUUUUGAACAUGUCUUCUGCUGCUGCCGCCGCUGCUGCUCCGCAAAUGACUUAUUUCUUUGCUGAUGAAGCUUCCAUUGGGGAUUCUUCGAACGCGAGACCACCUGCUUCGUUUCAUCAUCAUCAUCAUCAUCAUCACAGGUCGAAGGAUAGCAAGAGGUUCCCUUCGCUGGAUCAUCCUGAUCAUUAUUCGCAUCAUAUUCCCAAACAAUAUCCGCCACGCAGCUCACCAGCUGUUCAGUACGAAGACCGCGACGUCAGCGGCGGUAGAGCGAUAAGCUCAAACUCAAACUCCAAAGGCAAAGCUGUGAUGGCUGCUGCUGAUAACACUGCUGUCAAUUCCAAACCUAAUGAGAGUGAUGACCUGGCCACGCCUAUGCCAGUGACCUCGGGCAAUUUCCCAAAGUUAUCAUCACCCCAUCCUCCACCGCCGUUAUCGACUACUUCCAACUCCCGCCCUACCACCCCGUUUCUGUCCGCCGGUCCAGCUUCAACACUGGGAAGUAUCUCUUCUCGACGAAACUCAUUGUCCUUAUCCUCCGCCCCGUCUGUUAUCGGAACCGACUACGACGAUCGUUUAUACCCCGACGAAGACGAGCAACAAUUGCAAGAGACAGAAAUCAUGGAAAGCAGCGGGAGUGUGCCGCAGCUGGUUAUGCCCAGUAUCAAGAUGCCUUCUCGACGGCCGUUUACCGAACAGGGGAAACAGAUGGGUAGACUGAAGGUGUUGAUUGCGGGGGAUAGUGGUGUGGGAAAGACUAGUUUGAUCAAGGCUGUGGUGCAGAGCUGUGAGAGUGUUGUGCAUGUUGAUUCGAUUGUUGCUGGAGAAGGGAAUGGGAUGCUGAGGAGUUUGCCUGUGGGAGGCAGGAGGGGAAAGGGGAAGGGGAGUGGGGAGACGAGGGAGAUUACCGAGGUUUGGGCUAGUACGAAGCCUUAUCCUGAGUGGUGGAGUGAGGUAGAGGCGGGGGGUGGUGGGUUGGGUAGGAGGAAGAGCUUGGGGGAUGAGGUGCUGGAUAGGAAUAUUUGUUUUGUUGAUACGAUGGGGUAUGGGUUUGGGAGUUCGUCUAUGGAUACUAUUACGCCGGUGACGGAGUAUAUUCAGGGUCAUCUUCAGCGAAUUAGUAGUGGUUCGUUGAGUGAUGGGGAUGUGUUGAGCAUGCUGGGUGGUGAGGGGGGUGUGCAGGUUGAUGUGGUGUUUUAUAUGGUGUCGAACCGCCUCCGCCCUGUUGAUAUUCACUACUUACAACAGCUCUCACCCUUGACCAACAUCAUUAUCCUGUUGGCGCAAACUGACCUUAUGUCUGCGGACCAGGUUGCCGCAAGCAAGGCGCAAAUCUACAGCCAGCUGAAAGAGGCCAAUAUCCGCCUCUUCUCUUUCAACACAACCUCUUUCAAUUCCGAUAAGCAAGGGGUAUACGCCACAUCCAGUGCCAACGGCUCAGACCACGACAACAUGGACGCAAGCCUUCUCAUGUCUCCCGACUACGUCCAACCACUCUUCCCAACUGAACUCGCCACCCUCGUCGAACAAGUCUUCAACAAAGAUGGCAUCUCCCGCCUCCGUCACGCAGCCGCCCGUAAAUACAUCCAAUGGCGAAAGACCCAGUCCCCAAGCCCACCAUCGCUGUCACAGCGGUCCCUCCGCAUGUCCAACUCUUUCAGCCAAAAUUCUGUCUCUGGAAGCCAGAUGCUCAACCCGCUUGGUAGCCCUCCAUCGUACGCCCUAGCCAGAAUCACAGACCACACCCAAAGAGAGGAACGCCUCGCCCAAGUCCGCUUUGCCAACUGGGCUGCUGACCUACAGAAAUCCAUUGCCAACGAGAGGGCUCAGUAUCUGGCCCUUGCCCGUGGUGACCGUGCCCUCUGGCUGACGGAACGGCUUAAUGAGUGUAUUCAAGAGGGGAGUCUAGUCCCAGUGAAUAGUAGACAGCAUACCCACCGCCACCGUGGAAGGAGUGGGAGUGAUGGGUUAGAGUCACAGAGGUAUAAUAAUGUGAGGAGACAGCAGCAAGUGAGGCAGGUGCAUAGGGAGAGUAGUUUGAGGAAGGAACCAGAGGGGAAGCAACAGCAGCAGCAGCAGCAAAACUCGAAUCAUGACCCGUUGGGGUUGUUGGAAGUGGCGGCUGACUUGAGGAGGAAGGGGUUGGUUGUUUUGGAGGUGUUGGGGAGUAUUGGGGUUUUGGGCGGGGUGGUGGUUUGGGUUGUUGAUCGGUGGGUGCAUGUGCAGGCUAUUGGGUGGGUGUUGGGUGAGUGGGAGAGGUGGUGGGAGGGGAGGUGA